AUGGCACAAUCGGAACCUAAUGGACUGUUUGCGAUGGUGGAACUCAACUACCAAGGGGUAUUUAAUCGAAAUCCUUCCUCUUACACUGGUGGUGUUAAAACCAUCUUCAAUUAUGUUGACUUUUCUUCUAUGACUUAUUCUGAGUUUGUGACCUUCUGCGAACGUUUCAUGCAUGAAGAGUGUAAAAAGUUUUACUACUGUGAACCAGACAUGUCCUUCAUAGAAGGGCUUAAUCCCAUUUCAGAUGAUGUGGAAUAUUCUGCUUUUAUUUUUGAUGCUUAUGGAACAGAUGGUGUAAUUUCGGUUUAUGUGGAUCAUAUUGGGGUUGGUGUUGAUGGGUGGCAUGAUGAUGAAGAUAAUGAUGAUGAUGAACAUGAGUCUUGUAUUGAUGGUGAAAAUGAAGACAACAUAGAUGAACUUAGAAAUGUUGCCUUUGAAUUUAAUGAGGAUGUAGUGCAUAUGAAUAGGACAUCAAAUGAUCCUUUCUUGAGUAAGCUAUGUGUUGAUGAUGAGGAUGCAAACAACAUUGUAGAUGAUGACAAUGGGAGAGAAGUUGAAGUUAACAUACAAGCUCAUUCCAUAUUUAAUGAGCUAUUACACUGGAAAAAACAAAAACCAAUUCUAGGGAUGAGAUUUAAGGGUCCAGGGCAAGUAAAAUCAAUGUUGUGUAACUAUUCUGUAGCUAAUGGAUAUCAAUUGUGUUUUGAAAAAAAUGAUAGGACAAGACUUUUGGUGAGGUGUAGCAAAGGUGCUUGCACAUUUAGAUUAUGGGCUUCCUGGAUGAGUGAUGAAGAGAGUUUCCAAAUCAAGUCACUAAAAGUUGAUCAUAAUUGUGCUAGGAACUUCAAGUUUGGAUCAUUGGUGACAUAUGCAUGGAUUGGGAGUCACUAUACCAAAGAGAUUGUAGAAAGUCAGAAAAUAAGUGUAAGGAAGCUUAGGUUAAAGGUAAUGGCCAAGUUUGGUAUCCAAGUUAGUAUGGGGCAAUGUAGAAGAGCAAAGAAGUAUGCACUGAAACUUGUUGAAGGAAACCUUGUUGAACAUUAUGGUAAGCUAUGGUCAUAUGGUCAUGAGAUUUUAAGGACAAAUCCUGGGUCAACUGUGAAACUAGAUAUGGAGGAUGGGCCAGAUGGAAAGAAAUAUUUUAGCAAGUUCUAUUGUUGUUUUCAAGGAGUUAAACAAGGUUGGAUUGAAGGGUGUAGAAGGGUAAUUGGUCUUGAUGGAUGUUUUCUUAAAGGUGUUUGUAAGGGAGAAUUGCUUUGUGCUAUUGGGAGGGAUGCAAAUGACAAGAUAUAUCCUAUUGCUUGGGCAGUGGUUAAUGUGGAGAACAAGCAGAAUUGGAAGUGGUUUCUAGAGCUUCUCAUUGAUGAUCUACACUUGAAUUUAGGCAAUGGUUUCAGUUUAAUGUCAGACCAACAUAAGGGUUUGAUAGAGGCUGUUAAAGAGUUGCUGCCAUAUGUAGAGCACAGGCAGUGUGCUAGACAUAUUUGCCAGAAUUUGCAGAAGAGAUUUACUGGUGCCAUAUAUCAUACCUUGUUUUGGAGAGCAUCUAAAGCCACAACUGAGCAUGCUUUUAAAGUUGUGAUGAAAGAAAUUGAGACAUUGAACCAGAAGCCCAUCAAUAUCUCAUGGAGAAAGAUCCUAAAACAUGGUCUAGAGCUUUUUUCAAACUGGAAGGUGUUGUGA